AUGAUCUCUCUUCGGCACAUCCCUGAGGAUGGUGCCCAGUGGCCUUUGAUCUUUUCCCUUGUUCUAAGGCCAACACGGGUGCCAUCGGCCUCAAGAUCUCUGAAUCCAUACAUAGUAUGUUUUGUUGUCGUCGCCGUUGUGGUGAUCCUGGCAGUGACCACAGCUCUACUUGUCUACUUUUUAGCUUUUGGUCAAAAACAUUACUUUUACCGUAGCAGCUUUCAAAUCCUAAAUGUUCAAUAUAGUGAUGAGCUAAGUUCAUCAGUUACACAGAAAUAUAGGAGUUUGAGUGGAAAUAUUGAGUCUAUGAUUACUAGAACAUUCAAAGAGUCAAAUUUAAGAAAACAGUUCAUCAGAGCUCAUGUUAUCAAACUGAGGCAAAGCGGUAGUGAUGUGAUAGCAGAUAUUGUCAUGAAAUUUAAAUUCACCAGGAAUAACAAUGGACCAUCAGUGAAAAGCAGAAUUGAGUCUGUUUUACGCCAAAUGCUGAAUAACUCUGGAAACUUGGCAAUGAGCCCUUCAACUGACUUAACACCAAUAAGUGACCAGGAUACAGAAGAUAUUUUAACUCAAGAAUGUGGGCUCCGUCCAGACCUAAUAACAUUGUCUGCCGAGAGAAUCAUAGGAGGCACUAGAGCUAAGGAAGGAGACUGGCCAUGGCAAGUCAGUUUACAGUGGAGUGGUGUUCACCACUGUGGAGGUGUCUUGAUCAGUAACAGGUGGAUCCUGACAGCAGCUCACUGCUUCAGAAGCCACUCUGAUACUCUUCAAUGGACUGUCACCUUUGGUAUCUCCACAACAUUUCCUAAAGAGAGAAGAGGAGUAAGGACUAUUAUAAUCCAUAACAAUUAUAAACCUGAAACUCAUGAAAAUGAUAUUGCACUUUUACAACUUGAUAGAGAAGUCACCUUUACCAGAAAUAUCCAUACGGUGUGCCUCCCAGAGGCUAGCCAGAAUAUUCCACCUGGUUCCACUGCUUAUGUAACAGGAUGGGGAUCUCAAAAAUACACCGGCAGCACAGUUCCAGAUCUAGAACAAGCACGGGUCAAAAUAAUAAGUAAUAAUGUAUGUAAUGCACCAUAUAGUUAUAAUGGAGCCAUCUUGCCUGGAAUGCUAUGUGCUGGACUACCUCAAGGUGGAGCGGAUGCAUGCCAGGGGGACUCUGGUGGCCCACUAGUACAAGAAGACGAACGGCACCUCUGGUUCCUCGUGGGGAUAGUAAGCUGGGGGUAUAAGUGUGGUCUGCCAGAUAAGCCAGGAGUGUAUACUCUAGUGACAGCCUACCGUGACUGGAUAAAACAACACACUGAGAUCUAG